AGAAAUGUGAAACUGUCAUGUGACACUGUUCUAGCUAAAUAUGGGCAGGCAGAAAAAAAAAGAGAAGGGAUAGCAAAGAGAGAAACAUUCCUCUCACAGAAAAACCACGCACAAAUAUUUCUGUACUGCAACUGCAACUGACAUGGCUUUCAGGAGAGUGCAAAAGACUUUAACUCUGCUGCUGUUUCUCCUUUGCAUAAACCUCCUCAAAGAUAAGAAGACUGGAGCAGUAAACAUUCGGGAGAAAUGUAUGUGCAUCGGAGGGAGUAAUGCUGUAUUAUGGAGACGCAUGACGGACUUCAACGUGAUUGAUGCAGGGCCUCAUUGCUAUAAAGUUCAGAUCAUCAUCAAAAUGGGGAGUACAUCUGUUUGUCUGGCUACAAAUUCCAAACAAGGGAAGAGGCUGCAGCAAUGUUGGAAGCGGAUUAACUUCAAUGAAGGAAAGAAGAAGCGUUGUCUGCAGACAGGAAAAGUCAAACGGAGACCAAAAAAGCCAAAAACGCCACAACCCUAGUCAAAGACUCUGUUCUUUGUCAACUGUCCCUUUAUAUAAUGCUUUAUUUUUGUAUCGGUUUUCUUAUACUGCUUUGUAAAACCUGUUUUGUGUUUAUUUUGUAACAUUAAAAUGAUACAUUUAAAAAAUGUAAACUGCGAAUGUAGUGAAUAUUCCCAGAAAAGAAAUGCCAGAAGAAGAAAAACAGAGAUAUUUCAGCCUGACUGAUACUGCUUUAAGAAUUAUUUAUUUACAGAAGUCCUUAUUUUAACAGGAACCUGAAUAUUCUGAUGACCCCAACUCUAUCUACGGCCAUAAAUUAUUAAAUCAGUCAGGCCGAUCUUGAGAAAAGACAGUAAAUGGCUGCCAUAUCAAAUAUGAACAAACCUGUCCGUUCCAGACAAAAGGAAGGUUCAAGGAACAGCGAAACAAAUUAAACCAGUCAAUUCAAAGACUGGAUUUCAGUUUAAAUCAGAGUUCAACCCCAUUUCUAAACUAAAUUACUGUUAUCUAAAAGCUGUGUUAGGAGGCACAGUGGGACAUCAGACACUGCUACCAGCUCAUGGCACCAGAGUCCCUGAUUCGAUCUUUUAGAGUUUCUGCUUGUGUGUGCAUGUGUGGGUUUCUUCUGGGUCCUCCCACUGUCCAACAACAAGCCUGUAAUUUGAUUGGCUAUGCUAAAUUGCCUUUAGGUGUGAUUGAAUGUGUCUGUCUGUCUGUAUGUAUGUAUGUAUGUAUGUAUGUGUGUGCGUGUGUGUGCGCAUGUGUGUGUGUGUGGGUAUAUGUAUGUAUGUGUAUGCAUGUGUAUGCAUGUGUUUGUGUGUGUUUGUGUGUGCGUGUAUGCAUGUGUAUGCAUGUGUGUGUAUAUGUAUGUAUGUGUAUGCAUGUGUAUGUGUAUGUAUGUGUGUAUGUUGCACUGCAGUGGACUGGUAUCCCAUUCAAGGUGUAUUCAGUGUUCCUGGGAUGGAUUCUGGUUUCACCAUGAACCCGAGCAGGAUGGAGCAUUACUGAAGAUGAAGGAGUGCCUGAUCUUACAGGAUAUGUGCAGGAGUACGAGUUCUCACCCACAGCAUAUCCCUUUAUCAGAGUCAGUCAGUGGAUAUGAAGCUAUUUUGCAGAAGUUCUGCAAAACAGAUCAGACACACAAAAACAAGUGACUGUGUCGAGUUAAUGCCCACAGCAGGAAAACUUCCUUCUAAUGUAACUGGCAUGAAUGGAGUAAGGCCUGCUUACAGAGACACAACGCUACACGUCCAGUCUAACUUCAGGUCCAGCAAUUUAGUGCUGAAUACUGAAUACUCGCCCCAUGUUUCAAUCUGAAUGAGUUUAGUGAGCAGGGAACUCAGAUAACUGGAGCGUUUACCUGCAGAGUUAUUAAACAGUGGGAAAUAUGACCAACCACCCGGUUUCUCUCUCACUUCAGCGAUCGCGUUUCACAAUCAGAAAACAGUUCUGUCAAGCUAUUAGGUUAUUCGCGUUUUAACCUUACCAUCUCAUCACACGUCGCGCUUUUUUUUUCCGCCGCCAACAAAGAAAUCACGGUAAGAUGGGUAGGAUUUCCUGCAGUCUUUAUCUUCCAGCCUCUCUGUAGUACUCUACAUAACCGCUCAAGAUCAGGCAGCCGCUUUGGUCAAAAUAACUUACAGUAAGUGACGGCUUUGCGAACCAAUCAGAAUGAAACGUGUGACAAAAAUAGCCAAUGAAAUGCGCCUGAAGGCGGGUUCUUUUCGGUUACCACGGAAACGCUAGAUCAGGGCUUUCCAAUCCGUGGGACGCGGUUCCGCUAAUGGCGUAUAUUUUCCAGUAUUUUUUUAAACUGUGAAAAAAAACGACUCAGAAUACUAUUGUAUGACUAACUAACUUUAAAUAUUCUAAAUUUAAUUGCUAUCGCGUUUUAUUUAGUUAUUAAACAAAGAAAAAUAAAGCUUUUCCGGCAAAUACAGGACCCGUUUGGUUAAGAGCUGAUUAUGCAGUUUCUUCUUCCCUAAUCGAUGUGUGGUCUUUACACACACACACGCACGCACACACACACACACACACACACACACACACACACACACACACAACCAUAAAAUUAAAACCACCUGCCUAAUAUUGUGUAGGUCCCCCUUGUGCCACCAUUGAGACAUGGACUCCACAAGACCAUUCUGAUCAAUGUUUAGGUAGGUGGUACGUGUCAAAGUAACAUCCACAUGAAUGCCAGGACUUAAGGUUUCCCAGCAGAACAUUGCCCAGAGCAUCAUACUGCCUCUGCCGGCUUGCCUUCUUCCUUUAGUGCAUCCUGGUGCAAUCUCGUCCCCAGGUAAAUGACACACAUGCACCCAGCCGUCCACAUGAUGUAAAAGAAAAUGUGAUUCAUCUGUGAUACACCUUCUUCCAUUGCUCCAUUGUCUAGUUCUGAUGCUCAUGUGGCCAUUAUAGGCGCUUUGGGUGGUGGACAGGGUCAGCAUGGACACUCUCACCCGUCAGCAAGCUGCGAUGCACCGUGUGUUCUGACCCCUUUCUAUCAUAACCAGCGUUAACUUUUUCAGCAAUUUGUACUAAAGUAAUUAUUCUGUGGUAUAGGACCAGAAGGAUGUGUGUGUGUGUGUGUGUGUGUGUGUGUGUGUGUGUUGCUGUAAAGGUGACCCUUUGCUGUGGCCCUUCCAUCUAUGUGUGGACACAAACCAGCAAAAUGAGCUGGUCAUAAGUGUCACUACUUUCCCCCUUUAAUUUAUCACUUGUUUGUAUACAUCUGUAUCUCUGGAGCUCUGACGGAACGUGUUGAGCAUCCUGUUUUUGAGCCUGGUCUGAGAAUACCAGCUAGAAACAUGUGACACCACAAGAACUUAUGUCUGAGGAAGCUGGAGUUUUGAGCUGCCAAGACACUUCCCCAGCAGGAAGCCAGUUUUGUCAAAAAGGAUAUGAGUAUUACAAUGAGAGCACUGAAGAAGGUACAUAAUUCAAAAUAUGAAAAUAUCAAAAACAAGAGCUUGUUGUCAGAUCAGGAAUUUAUUCGCUCUUUCAUUCUCCAUUCAGAGAGCUUUAAUUUUAACUACAUUAUUAUUAGAGACUACUAAUGUUUGUUUUAAUUAGCCAACUGUACUCUAGGAGUGUCCACUAUCAAAUUCCUAUUUGUUGCUGGAUAAUAUAGGAGCAGGGUUUUUUUAAGCUUACAUAUUUACUUGUCUAUUGACCAUGAAAUUACAGUGCUGUGAAAAAGUAUUUGCUUGAUUUCUACUGUUUUUUUAUUAUUAUUGUUUUUUUUUUGUUAUAUCUCAUACUAAAUUGUU